AUGUAUGAAGAUGAGUGCCCAACCAACGAAGAGUACCUCCUCUGUGGUACAUCUUGUCCCUUCAACUGCACAUCACCUCAGGGACCAGUGGAUUGUGUUGAUGACUGUGUAGAAGGCUGCUUCUGCAAGGCUGGUUUCUUGAGGAAUGACAGUGGCACCUGCGUUGAGGCUGAUCAGUGUUUGAAUGGAAACAAGAGUCAAUGUGGUGAACACGAGGAAUUCCUGUACUGCGGGUGUCAGUCUACCUGCUCCACGCCAGAUCCUGUUGAUUGUGGGUGUAGCGUGGGCUGCUUUUGUAAAGCGGGAUAUGUGUGGGACGAAACUGUUAAUAAAUGUGUGAUGUUGGAUAACUGUACUGUUGAACAAUGCUUCAAUGAGAACGAGGUCUUCGAUCUGUGUAAUGCGUCGUGUGAGCCAUCAUGUAUCGAUCCUGAGCCAAUCUGUUCCAAAGCCUGCACGUCAGGAUGCGUAUGCGCAAGUGGUUUGCUAAGAGACGCGGCUAAUACCUGCGUUAGUGUAGACAAAUGUCCCAGAAAUGGGACAGUCCCAGGGCCUUUGGGGAAAUAUUUUGAUACCAUUAGUAAGAUUUUACAUUUAUCUAUUGUGUAGAGAAA